AAUCCAUCUGCCUCGCGAUCGUCGGCCCCCAUCGAUCCCGCCGUCCAACUCCGAACACAGCAGCGCCGUCGCUUGCGUAUUCAGACACCCGCGCCAGCACAGCAAUCAUCUCAUAUCUGCAUCGCAUGGGCAUCAAGAACAAGACCGCCAAGCAUAAGCCGGCUCGACCAGCGUCGGCCGAGCCGCUCGAGACCAUCAACGGGCAGUUCCACAUCCUGCCAAUCCAGAUGCCACCGGUGCCACUGGUCUCGAAAAACGAUGCGGGCUCGCUCACCACGCACAAGCCCCUGUCGACCACUCCAACAUCGCAUGUCCAUUAUCUGUACUUCAAACUGCACGAGACUCGCAAGAAGGACUCGAGUCUGCCACAGGGACGGACGCUGUUUGUGCUGAAUGUCCCUGUGGAUGCGACGGUGCUGCACUUUUCAAGACUCUUUCGGCACUGCGGCGCGAUCGAGAACCUCAAGAUCCAAGGCGACAACUCGCUCCUCCCGAGCGAGUUGCAGGUCAUGUUGCAGGUCAUGUUGCGCAAGGACGACGAUGCCGAUGCCGAUGCCGAUGCCGAUGCUAACGACAGCGAGGACGACAUGGAUGAAACGCAGGACGAGGCCGAACGCAAGACUGUGAUUCUGACGGCCGAUUUGGUCGCUCGGCUGACCCGAACCACAGUCCAUCGAACGGGAGCGUCGGCAUAUCUGGUCUUUGAAAGCGCCGAAGCCGCGCAGAAGGCUCUGCAAAUGCGACAGCGCAAGCGGCUCUGGUCCGCCGAAUUGGACACCGAGGAGCACGGCGAAGACGACAACGACGAUGGCGAGGAGCGUGGAGCCGUGCCGACACCGACACCUGUCGGCCUGCAGAAAUGGAUCCUCGAGCACAAGCUGCGCCAUCCACCAAUAGUCGAGCUUAAGGAGCAGGUAAACGAAUAUCUCAACCUCUUCGACCUCGAGGAGCGGCGCAAGCAGGAAGAGCUCGACGCCAAGCUCAACCAGCCCGACGAAGACGGAUUCGUGACAGUCUCGCGACGAUCCAAACGAGGCACGGCCACAGACGCUCAUGGAGCCAAAAUGAGCGCUGCCAAGCUGAGCGACGUGCAAAAGCUCAAGCCCAAGAAGCUGGGUCUGGACGACUUUUACCGGUUCCAGAUGCGCGAGACGAAACGGAACCAACUUGCCGAUCUGCGCCGCAAGUUCGAAGAAGACAAGCGCAAGAUCGAGCACUUCAAGAGCAGCCGCCGCUUCAGACCGUACUAGAGACCGAUCUCCCCCUAGCAACAGCGAUUGGAUCGCACAGCGGCCAAAGGUGCAUCGGCCUUGCGGUCCCACGCCGCUGGUUACGACUUGAGCAUUGCCAAGGAUAGCAUCGAUAGCGCACUCGAUCGAUGGGCGGGGGCGCAUCCAAUAGAUGGGCUUUGUGCACAUCAAAUGGAUGGCUAUGUGUGAACUCUUAUGCAUCGCCAAAUGAAGCUCGACAGAAUAUCAUCCCGUUGCGAUGAGCAUGUGCCGUAAUGGAC